AUGUUCUCUAUAUCGGAAUCAAUGCUAACCUUGGGUUUGAUAGCUAUCUUGUCAGGUAACUUUACCUGGUCUUUGAGAGAUCAAUAAGAAAUUCAUGUGUUCUGCAAAAUGAAUAUAAUUGGCUACUUAGUUGAGUUUUUUCUUUGUCUAGGAUCUCAAGGAUUGCACACCUUUGUCAAAUAAGAAGAUAUGAGCGUGGUUCUUUUAUGGACCCAGAGAUUGAGGUAACUGAAUGUUUCCAUGUUAUGCUCACAUGGAGUUCCCUUUUUUGUUCGCAUUUAGCUAAGCAUGGUAUUUUUUUCUUUUUAUUGUUGACAUUUUUCUUAAUGGCGUGUAAUUAACUAGGUAAAGUUUAUCAACAGGAAUUGAUCACUAGAUCCCGAUCACAGGAAGACGAGAUUCUACACCUCCGCAGACAAAUCGCUGAUGCUUGUUCUAAGGCAUUGAAUCAGUGAUAUCCUCUUACUUUUUGAAAGUGGUUCACAAUUGCAUUGAUGCUGAAGUUUGCAAUUUUUUUUCCCAUCCAGGAGCAACAGUUACUCAAUGAGAAGCAUGUUCUAGAGAGGAAAUUCCUUGAUCUUCGAAUGGUAUGGAUUUUAUAUCAUGAGAUAACGGAAUUAGUUUAUUUCUCUCUAAAUCGAUAGAUAAUAAAUACUCUUUUUGAUGGCAGGCUACUACUGGCAAGCAAAGUGAUGCUGUAUCUGAGAAUUUGAAAGAACUAACUCUGCGGAAGGGUUAUAUUGAAGAAAAUUUAAGGCUUGCUGAUGAAUUGAAAGUACAAUAA